AUGUUACAAACGAGCAAGUAUACUAUUCUGAGGUCUAUUUCUUAUAGGCCACUCGUUCAACUAGUCAAAAAUCCAAAUAUUCGAUUUUUGAAUACUGAGAGGAUACCCAGUCCUCCAAAACUUCCAAAGGAAGAACAGUUAGAAUUUGAGAGAUUACAAAAGAUAGCAAAUUCACAGGCAGCUAUUGAUGAGUACAACUCUAAAAUAUCACAAGAUAGCACAAAAGAAAGUUUGAACAAUACAAUAUUGACCCGUAAUGAUAUCGGAGCUUUUUCACCUGAAUUCAAAAAGACGAUUCCAGAAUUCGAAGGAGAUACGAACCCCAAAACAGGUGAAAUCGGAGGUCCAAAACAGGAUCCUUUAAGACAUGGUGACUAUUCUUUUAAUGGAAGAGUUACUGAUUUCUAA